ACUCGGCGGCCAUUAGCUGUGUGUAGUUGCCAGGGACUAGGAGCUUAAGUGAAGAGAGAAACCUUAUUAGGUGGAAAUCACCCAUGGCAAUGGGUACCUGCCGGGGCUAGCCCUAGAAUACGGAGUGGGCAGGCUCUUCGGUUCCCCGCCCCGCCGUGUGGCGGGGCCCACCAGGCCUCCGGGCAUCCCCGGUCUCAAGUAGGCCUAUUCUGCCGGCAAGGGCGCCCCAAAGGCGGGAGGCGCCAUGUCGCUGGUUGCUUACGCCAGCAGCGAUGAAAGUGAGCCGGAUGAGGCUGAGCUGGAGCCGGAGGAGGAGGAGGAGACGGCGGCGGUCCCUACAACUGGGCCCACUUCAGGUGGCUUGUUCGCUUCUCUCCCCGCACCCAAAGGUUCGGCCUUGCUGGCCCCGUCCCCCCAGAUGCUGGCCCCAGCCUUUCCCCCUCCGCUUUUGUUGCCCCCACCCACCGGAGACCCCCGGCUCCAGCCUCCUCCCCCCUUGCCCUUCGGCCUGGGAGGUUUCCCUCCACCUCCAGGAGUGAGCCCGGCUGAAGCGGCGGGAGUUGGGGAGGGGCUGAGUUUGGGGCUGCCAUCGCCGCGAGGCCCUGGCCUCAGCCUGCCCCCGCCUAUCGGCGGUGCCGGUCCCCCCCUGGGGCUUCCCAAGCCAAAGAAGAGGACAGAGCCCGUGAAGAUCGCGGCGCCGGAGCUGCACAAGCGGGAUUCAGAUUCUGAGGAAGAUGAACCCACAAAGAAGAAAACUGUUCUUCAGGGAUCCGGUGAGGGGACUGGUUUGUCUGCCUUGCUUCCCCAACCUAAAAACCUGACUGUGAAAGAGACUAACAGGUUGCUCCUGCCCCAUACCUUCUCCCGGAAACCCUCGGAUGGCUCCUCUGAAACUAAACCCUCCAGACCGGCCCCUAAGACCAAGCCCUCCUCUUUAGCCCCUCUUGUGGGCACCACAACCACCACGCCGUCACCCUCUGCCAUCAAGGCUGCCGCCAAGAGUGCUGCCCUGCAGGUGACGAAGCAGAUCACACAGGAGGAGGAUGACAGUGAUGAGGAAGUAGCCCCUGAGAACUUCUUCUCCCUCCCUGACAAGGCUGAGCCACCUGGAGUUGAGCCAUACCCUUAUCCUAUCCCCACCAUCCCUGAAGAGCUGCCUCCAGGCACAGAGCCUGAGCCAGCCUUCCAGGACGAUGCAGCCAAUGCCCCCCUUGAAUUCAAGAUGGCAGCAGGCUCAAGUGGGGCCCCUUGGAUGCCUAAGCCUGGAGAUGACUACAGCUACAAUCAGUUUUCCACAUAUGGCGAUGCCAAUGCCGCUGGUGCUUAUUAUCAGGAUUAUUACAGUAGUGGCUACUAUCCAGCACAGGACCCGGCUUUGGUUCCCCCGCAGGAAAUUGCCCCAGACGCCUCCUUCAUCGAUGACGAAGCAUUUAAGCGACUGCAGGGCAAGAGGAACCGAGGGAGGGAGGAAAUCAAUUUUGUGGAGAUCAAAGGUGAUGACCAGCUCAGUGGGGCCCAGCAGUGGAUGACCAAGUCUUUGACGGAAGAGAAAACCAUGAAGCCAUUCAGCAAAAAGAAAGGUGAGCAGCCAACAGGCCAGCAGCGGCGGAAACAUCAGAUCACGUAUCUGAUUCACCAGGCUAAGGAGCGGGAGCUGGAACUGAAGAACACCUGGUCAGAGAACAAGCUGAGCCGCCGUCAGACCCAAGCCAAAUACGGAUUCUAGGGCUCCAGAACUGAUUGCUCCCAGGAUCUCCUGCCAGCUCAGCGGGGUUGGCCCCCAGCUUCACCUCUGGGACCCCAGCUGCUCUAAGCCCAGGAUCUCUUUCCCUGAGGACCCAGCCCUCGCCUCUGCGAGAAUGAACAUAUUUGAUAGAUUUUUCUUAACAAAAGUUAGAAACGUCAGCUCCUUUCUGUGUGGGAGCUAACAAAGACUCAUGAAUGAUGCCUCAGAAGGGGCUCAGAGUUCUUGGAUGGGGAGUUUUGCUCCCUGUCAGGUGUGAUGACAUGUUGAAUCCCCCCCACCACUUUUUUUUUUUUUUUUUUUUUUUAACCAGGGAAGUCUGUUGAAAUAAAACAUUCAGUCUGACAGACACUGCCUGCUCUGACCCCUUUCCUACCUUUUAGUCUGGUCUCAUUUCUCCAUUGUGGACUCUUCAUUUGUUAUCCUGUCCCUGGAUCUCAUUUUUUUACCUUGUGUAAAGCACCCUCCAAACCCUCUUGAGCUGUCUCGAUGAUAGCUUUGCUUUUUUUCUUUUCACUUACCAUCUGUAUGGGUUAGUGGCUAUUUAAUACCCUGGAAAUUAUGCAAAAUUUUCUAUGGAGUAAAGUGAUUUUA